UCCCAUUUGAUUUCAAAUCCAUUUCCUUGCACCAACGCGACCCAACCUUUUUAUAGCCAAUUAGCCAUCCAUCCUUUCCCUAUUCCAUCCUUUUUAUAACUAACUACUGUAACUCCCGAGAAUUUGUUUCGAAGAAGCUUUGAGGAAGACUGGGUGCUGCUAGAGAAGAGCAUCUAAGGGAAUACUGGAAUAGGUCUCAUCCCCCCCUACGACCAACUUCGUUGCACUUCCAGCUGAAUUGGCGGAAGCAGACAGAGCGCAGAUUGUCACUCAAAUUACAACAAAGCGUGCAACCUGAGUUCCUUGUCAAGGAUAUAGCUUUACUAACGUACCCCAAAAACCAACCACCCUGGCAAAAGAAAAUCACAGAUCACGGGAUGCCAGAUGUUGCAGUCGGACUUGUUCUCCGUGCCAGUUCAUACAGAACAACUUGCCCAAUUCGUAUUAUGGAAACUGGAAGGAACUGGCCAGUUUUAUUAUAGAACGGAAUGCUUGAAGUUAUCGUGUUGAUUAUUUUAUGUUCUCUCAGGUAAAAUUUGGAAUCAAGGCGCACAGUGUUUAUCGCCAGGGUUGAGUGUUAACUAUGUUCCUUUGUUAAUAAUUUUACAAUUCUUGGAGCUCUUCCCUUUGUUUUGGAUUGUUUGUCGUUUGACUUUGAAUUGCGGCUGUCCGUUGCAGUGGAUCAUAUGCAGCGUGCUCAAAAAGUUUCCAGACGUUUUUGUUGGAUUCUUCCUCCGAUAGACUGCAGUGCUGAUUGAGUAUCGUCUGCACUUCAUUUUAUCCUGUCAGUGUCAUCCCGUGAUUCUGCGUCUGGAUUCUCGUUUUCGGAGAGGUUUUAUCUGAAGGAACCUUCUUCUUAGAAAAUGGACGAAAAUAACGCCCCUCCCAAUCCUCUGCCCGAAAACCUGGCUAUGUGUAUUCGUCUACUGAAUACGAACAUUCGAGAGCUGGAUAUUAACAAGAUUAAUCUGGGGGAAAAUCUGAUAGAGUUCCAGCAGGCGGUGGAGUAUGUAACGGAAACUGUCUGCGAAGACGACGACAGGAAGCUGAGCUUGACCAAAGCAGCCAGCACGCUGUACAAUUCAGCCGUGAUUUGGACGAAGAUUGUCGAGGACAGUGCACGGCUCUGUUUGCGGAUGGACGCCGUUCUAAGCCAUACUGAAAAUGAAAAAGAUGGAGACGACGAAGAUCCAGACAAAAGAAAGCGCCAGCCGCGUGCCCACGCGGCUCACCUUCAUCCUCUGGCCAUUCCCCUGGAUGACUCUGUGGCUGCUGCGCAUUCCAUCCUCGCAGCCGAAACCGGCCAGCGAAAGCGCCCAGCACAUAAAUUUUUAGCCACAGAUAUUCCGCAACUACCUCAAGAGAAGUACUUAGCCGUUGCUCAACCAUCGUCGUUGGGGCUAAUGGAGCAUGAGAAGAUCCGCGCCUAUCUGGACGAUCGCGGCAAUAAAGGCGCCGACUGGGCUGAGUUCCGCUGCAACACGAUGAAGCUUAAUCCCGAAGGGUAUUUUCCUUUACAAGAACUUCAUCCCGAUGAAUACCAUGCCGUCGCCAUUGUACUACAACCACCCGGGCGACCAAGCCUGGACAACCUUGAUGCGUAUAUGGUUGUCGAUGAUGCCGUCUAUCCAAUGCCAGGCCCCGUGCCUGGUGACAAACCGGGAAAUGCACCGAAUGAUGCUGAAAUGGAUGCAGCACCACACGAUUUCGAUGGUGGUUUAACUUUGCACCAAGAAGAAGUCCCAAAUCCGACGGUCAUGAUGCCUCCUCCCAAUAUCCCUCCUAGUCGGGGCCGACCCGAACGACCCCACCAUACCCCCUUGGUUCCGUUCCAGAAGAUUUUCGCGGUGCGUGCAUCACUACAAGAAAGAAAUCUGGUCGAUAGAAAUAGCCCAAAAGAGCCGGAAAACGAUGCCAUACCCUUUCGACGGCGUAGCCGUCGGAUUAUGCGAAAAACGCAACCACCUGCCCGCUCUCCAGAAGUUGUAUUCUUUGAGAAUUUCUGGACGAUUCCCACAACGGGUGGGGGAGAUGGAAUACAUUGUCAGUUUGGACGAGUGCUGCGACGUUACUUUGAGCGGCUGCAGCCCGUGGAGGUCAAACGACCCAAUAAUAAGCGAAAGCAUGGCGCGGAAAACGGGCCUGUGCAGUUUACGAGCAGAACAUCGAACGUCGGAAAUCCUUUUGCACCGGAUGUUCCAAAUUUUCAGAUUCCCGAAGAUGUUGAAGAUGCACCGGGAGAUUAUGAAGACACCCAUAUGCCCAUUGACCUGCCAAACAACACUAUUCCCGAUGCACCCGAGCAUGACGAUCUUUUUGCUACGAUGCGCAAAGAAGGCCGUUUUCUCCGCGAAACAAACGAAAAUCCACCGGUGCGUGAUUAUGAGAUGGCGUCGGAUAUUGACUCCGAAAGUAGUCGAGUGGUGCACGUGGAUUUGUGUGAGUGGGAGAACCAGUUGAACACCUUCCUAACCAUCCACGAACCGACCACUCUGGGCUUCAAUCUGGAGGAGUACGAAAAGGCACUGGUUGUGGAUUGUCAUCAGCAUCGGGACGAUAAGCAGAUGUUGGCUGCCGUAGUGCGGAAGAGCAGUGUCGGAGAAGUAUGUCGUAGUUUCCUAUCGGUGCUGGAUUUGGCUAACAAGAGCGUGGUGGAAGUGGGUCGCGAUGAAGAGCCAAAAAGUGGGUCGGUGGGCAGCCAGGGCGUGGAGGAGGUCAUGGUGCGCGUGCGGAUUCAGUCCAGUGAGGUCCGAAAGUUCUGUGGGACCAAGGCCAGGAGAACCGAGCGAAUUGACGAAGCCGAUGAAACGGAGAUUGCGAUGGAUGCUUACUGAACAUUAACUUGACGGUAGCUCCAUUUCGUGUUACCCGAUUUGGGUUGCAGUUUUAUUGCUCUACUGCAGUUGCGGAUGUGCUUGUUUUGAUGGUGCGUAGAAAACAAAUUGUUCAAAAAAAAGGAAAUGGCCCAUCGACUACCAUGGCUUGUGUAGUGUCGUUAUUUUGACGGUCACGAUCUUGUUAACUUGAUUUCUUCAGUAUGUUUUAGUGUAUUACUUAAUUGUAGUUGUUUCGACAGAAAAAUUUACGUGUUUUGGUAUAAUUUAAACGGCUUAUCAGAAAAAAUACCCGAAUUUUGUUUUCCUGUAUUGAUCGAAUUUUGAUUUUUCAGUAGAGGUUCACAUUUCGAAUAAUGUUACAUCAAAAUGUGAAACAGCGACAAAU